CAAGUGGCUCUCAGAGGAGAAGGGGAUGCAGAAAAAAAGGGUGGGGUCAGGGUUCAAACGAAAGGCUCCCAUCGGGGCUCCCUUUCUCUUAUCAAAUUUGUGGAGAGACAAAAAGAGCUACAGUCUCGUUCCUCGGGCCAUCUCGAGGGAGAGGAGAGGGGUUAUAGGACAGCAUUCCUCGAUGCAGAGCAUCAGUUCUUCCACAGAGCGGCAGAUAAACUCCUUCUCGCCUUCACUUUGCUCCACACACAGCUCCCCGCUCCUGCACCAGCACACAAACCGCCCCACCAAGGAGCUCCGGAACUAAAAAUGGAGUCUGCUGUAGAGGCGUCUCUGCUGUCUAAUCAGUCGUCAGAGGGCUGUGCAGCAGUGCAGACGGCCGUAGAGAGCCAGCUCUUCGGAUGGUUCUACGUCGUGGUCUUCGUCCUGGCCCUCAGUGGAAAUAGUCUGGCUCUCUGGAUCUUCUCUCGUCAGCGCGGGGUUUCCUCCCCCGCCAACGUCUUCCUGGUCCACCUGGCCGUGGCUGACCUGUCGUAUGUGAUCAUCCUCCCACUCAGAGCGGUCUACCACUUCACCGGGGGCCACUGGCCUCUGGGUGAGGUCCCCUGCAGGGUGGUGGGCUUCUUGUUUUAUGUCAACAUGUACGCCAGUCUGUACUUCCUGGCUUGUGUGGCGGGGGACCGCUACUUGGCUGUGGUUCACGCUGUGAGGUCGAUGAAGCUUCGCCAGGGUCGCUACGCGCACAUGGUCAGCUUCUCUUUGUGGGUCUUGGUGACUGUCUCCAUGGCGCCGCUGCUGGUCACCCAUCAGACGGCACAGGUGGACAACACAACCGUGUGCUUGCAGCUGUACCGAGAGAAGGCCUCCCGUAAGGCGCUGGUCUCUCUGGCCGUGGCCUUCACGCCGCCCUUCCUGGCCACCCUGUCCUGCUACCUGCUCAUCAUCCACAGCCUGCACCGGGGCUCCAGGCUGGAGCCCGCCCUCAAGCUGAGGGCCCUGCGUACCAUCGGUGCCGUCAUGCUCAUCUACGUGGUCUGCUUCCUGCCUUAUCAUCUGAGCAGAGCCACCUUCAUCCUGGGUUACAGCCACCCGGACGUCUCCUGCCAGACGCGCAGAGCCCUGAGCAUGGCCAACCGCCUCACCUCCUCCCUCACCUGUCUGAACGGCGCCAUGGAUCCGCUGGUGUACCUGUUCGGGGCGGAGAAGUUCCGCAGCACGCUGAAGCGCCUGUUCUGCAGGGAUAAGGCGGGGAUGACCGCGGCCACCAGCGGAGACCUGAAGGGAACGCACGAGAGCUCUCUGAGCGCCAAGUCCGAGUUCUGAGGCGGAGCGAAAAGAGCCGAGACCGUCGCUGACACGGCUUUGUUCUGACCUUCAUGGACGUUGUGGACCUUAGCCUGGAUGAAAGAAUGAAGCAUGAACUAAAGUAUGGUUUUCACUCCGCACCGAUGUCGAUUAAACCCCUUGCAAAACCAUCCCCUUAAAGCAAAGCUCAAUUGAAAGGACACAGAAAAGACGGCUCGUUUAUGAAAGGGGAAAAGAGGAUAGAAUGUUGUUAGCUGAACAAAGGGCCUAACCAUCUCACGUUUCAGGGUCUGUUUCAGUACAAUGUGGAGAUGGCUUCAACAAAGUAGUUCCUCUAAACUAGGAUAUUAAGCCACCAUUCUGAAACGCUGAUGAACAAAGAUGUGGAUGGGCGCUCGAGUUAGGAGGGGAUAAACUUCUGUGAAUUGGAUAAAGUGACGUUUGGUGGCUCAGCAAAGUCAGCUUCUUUUAUGACCGCUCACAAAAACCCGGCUGGCUCGGCUGGGGUUUCAUGAACGACCAGAGCCAAAAUAAAGGGCAACAUUUUUAUGAAAGAGGACACCAAUGUUCAGGCUGCAUUUCCUAUCGGCAGGCAAAUGGUUGCAAAACAUCUGCAUGUUAAUGUGGCUGUGGAGUCAACUAAUGUUAAAACUGUUACGGCAGCUUAUUUCUGCAUGUUUUAUACUGUUUCAAUCAAAGAUCUAAUGUCCUGCCGUUUAUUUCUGAAAUGAGAAAAAGCUUCAGCCGUUUCCGCAGCUUUGGACUGAAACCCGUGUCAACAUCUUUCUGACUUCAAAGCUGCUCAACGGGAACAAGUAGCAGAACGCUCACCACGAGCAGAUUUUGUCUUCUAUUUUUUAUGGUUUGGUUUCUGUUUCUUUGUCGUGUUUUUUCCGGAUUUGGAGAACUGGGGGGAAAGCCAAGUAAUGAUGUAACAUCACUGAUAAAAACGUCUCUUCAUCAGCCAGUUUCACCUCAAAAGUCCUGACUGCGACGAUUCCUCAUUUGAAUGCCAAAACAUUAGGAAAUAAAAACCAAACCUUAUCAUGAGCUGUGGACUAAAUGGGACCAAAGGAGGUGACCUAUGACCUCAGGAAGGAGAAACGUGAGGGGACUCUGAUGUGGAAACGUUUCAGGGCUGAUGUGUACACGCUCAACUUUUAAAGUGUAUUUCCUAUAAGCCAAAUGAAACAAAUACUUAUUAUUGCAAGCAAUGCAUCUUGAGGAGUGUUUCGCUUUCCAAGCAGCGUGAGUUUUUAAUCCAGACUGGAAAAUGUGGUUUAAAUGCAGAGAAGUUUGAGCUUUCUGACACUUUUCUGAAGAAUCCAGUGAAAAUACUUUCGUUUCUGACCAAAUAUUUGGAGCAUUUGGAAUUUAUCGAGUCUGCUGGCUCUUGAUAUGAGUCGACAAUGCUCCAAAUGUAUUUGCUGUAUACUGUUCGCAAUCAGUUGUGCCACCAAUCAGAGCCAGACCAUGGCUGCCUGAAGCCUUAAGCAAAAUGUCCUAUGGGGGAUGGACUACUGCCAGCCAAGCCCUUCAAAGGUGCUUCUCUGUAGUCUGAGAAGAAUCAUGCAACCACGAGGGAAUAGGAUUCGCUUAGUGAUGUUUUUACAGAACAUGAAAUGUGAGCCUUGUUCAGACACAAAGAGCAGAAAUAAAGAAAUUAGUAUAUUACUCUGUUCAAAUAACUUAAAACCUAUUCAAAUGCUCCUUUCUAUGUGUGCCAACAGUGCCUUUAUCAACCUGUCCUUUUGUGCAUUUAAGUUGUCUUCGGGUUGGGGGGGGGGGGGGGGGUGUGCAGGACAGCACCAGCUCUCCAAGCGGACUGGAUUCUCCCUCAGGCUGCCUCAUCAGCCAUCUAAAGUGGGUUUACAUGGAAAAUCACCGUUGUACAUAUGUUCAUUUCUCCCAGUGUCUUAUAUUUGCUGUACUGUGUACUUCUAUGACAGUUUUUUUUUAUUUAACUCAGUCGACGUGUAAUUUGCAAACCACAAAUAUGUUUGAGACAAAUUUCGCAAAUAAUGCUCCGUCUGAUCUUAACUUGUCUGUAUUUUUUAUACCCAAUAAAUAAACAUGCUUCCUUUUGCUCAUAAAAACUCUGAAUGAAAA